GUCAACGGGCUGAUGAUUGUCCUGAAAAAUAUGGGGAAAAGAGAACUUAUGAGGACUAUAAUCUCACUGUUCAUUAUUACUGUGUGUUAAUGUCAAGUGGGAUUUGGCAGAGAGGUGAAGAUGAAGAAGGUUUCUAUGGUUUUUUACCUGAAGACAUCCAAAAAGAAAUUAAUCGAGCUGCAAGACUGAAAUGUACUAUCUGUAAGAGAAAAGGUGCUUCAAUUGGUUGUGUGGUAUCUAGAUGCAAACGAAGCUACCACUAUCCUUGUGGGAUAGAGAGAGGAUGCAUUUUCCAAUUCAGAGGAAAUUUUCCGUCAUAUUGUUGGAAACACCGACCCACUCAAAAACGUCCCUCCAACUCAAAAGGAUCUUCACAAUGUACAAUAUGUUUGGAGUUGGUUGAACAUGCACCAUCGUACAACAUUUUGGCAAGUCCAUGCUGUAAAAAUGCUUGGUUUCAUAGAGACUGUUUGCAGUGUCAAGCUCUGAGUGCAGGAGUAUUUUUUUUCCGAUGCCCAGUAUGUAAUAAUAAAGAGAAAUUUCAGAAUGAAAUGUUGAGAAUGGGUAUCCAUGUUCCAGAAAAAGAUGCCUCCUGGGAACUGGAAGAGAAUGCAUACCAAGACCUUCUUCAGUGUUACCAACACUGCGAUAUCAAAAGAUGCCUCUGCAAAAAUGGAAGAGACUACAAUAAGUCUGAUAGCAAAUGGGAAAUAAAGCGCUGUCAGUACUGCGGUUCCAGUGGAACUCAUUUGGCUUGUUCCUCACUAACAAGUUGGGAGCAAAAUUGGGAAUGCAUAGAAUGUAGAACCAUCCUUGCCAAAUCAAAUGGAAACUGCCAGAAAUGGCGAAAGCGUUCUUUGAGUAUGUCUGAAAAAACAGAUAUCGGAGACGGUUUGCUGGAAGAGCCAUCACCCAAAUGCCCUAGACAGUCUCCUGGAUCCCAUCUUGGUUUUCUCAUCAGGCAACUUGGAGUGCAGAAAAGAGAGGUCUCCAAUAUUCUGAGGGAACUAAGAUCACAAAUCAAUACUAAACCAACAAGACUGAAUAUCAGUAGACAAAACAUCUGGGAUAGUGCUUUAAAGGGAUUUCAGAAGCGGAACUUCAAUCCUGCCAAUACUCUCGAAAUAAAAUACAUAAACUGCAGGACUAAAUCAGAGAUGGAUAUCUGUCAUUCAACAAAGGAAGAUUUUUUUCUAUUACUGAUGCUUCACCUUCAGAACUCACCACUCUUUGAAGGCAGUUUAUCAAAGAAUUUGUCUUUUGAUUCUCAAGCUCAUAAAGAUAAUUUAUACUAUGAAGCUGGCAAAAUGAUUGCAGUUUCUCUGGUUCAUGGAGGCCCAUCUCCUAGCUUCUUCUCCAAAACCUUGUUUAAUUGCCUCGUCUAUGGCACAGAGAAUGUGAAACCAACUGUAGAAGAUGUUACAGAUGUGGAUGUUUUGCAGGCAAUAGAGAGGAUAAAAUCUUCAACAAGUCCGAGAAGUUUAGAAUCAGCAAUAAGUGAUUUCUCUGAAUAUCUCACUACUGUUGGAUGUUUGAAACCAGUAACAACUCUGUGUGAUAAGGAUAUGUUGGUGAAUGAAAUAUUAAAUUAUCAUGUCAUCAAGAGAACUCUUUUACCUUUUGAAAGCUUUAGGCAAGGUUUGAAAACGCUUGGUGUUUUGGAAAAAAUGCAGAUGAAUCCAGAUGCGUUUUGUAGCGUAUUAUGUGACAAGCCUGAGAAACUUUCAGCAAAACUUCUUGGUGAUCUCUUUACAAUCCACUGUUUACCAGGAGCAGACAAAGCCAGAAGUCUCGAUUUCUGGAUGGGUUACUUGCAGGAGACAGAUAGUGGUGAAUCAGCUGUAACUCUGGAGGACAUCUUAGUGUUUGCAACUGGCAUCCGCAAUAUUCCACCCAUUGGCUUUGAUCCUGAGCCUUCAGUUAAGUUUCUGCAUAUAAAAUACCCCAUCAGAAAGAGACACCUUAACUGUUUAGAGCUUCCAAUAACAAAGUCUUAUGAGAAGUUUAAAACAAUUCUGGAUUUCGCCAUCAGACGUACUCUACAAUUAGAAUCAGAAGUACAUUAGUCACUACAGUGGACAUUGAAAUUUGGAUGAUGAAGCAUGUAAGAAGCUUGCCAGCUGCUACAGGAUAACACACAAAUUCAUCUGCAAAGGCUUACAGUUUGAUUGUGGAAAUUGCUUAAUUUCAGUCUUGCAUUUUGAACUUUGUUUCAAAAUGGUGAGCAAACAAAGCUUUCAAAACA